GUCUCCCUGCCUAGCGAGUUUUCCUUGACAGCGGGGUUCAGUCGCUUCCCAGUCAGGCUCUGCUAGCUGUCACCUCACAGUCAGCGCCGUCCAGCUUAGCGUUUUAGCUUCUUAGCCAUUAGCAGCAGCCCGACAGCGACUGAAGGGAGGCAGACAUGUCCAAAGAAACGGAAGGGAAGAGCGACAAAAUAAUGGACAUGGAGAACAAGGUGCUGUGGUACCCGGACUCUAAGAGGGACACGCAGAUGGACACGUUCAGGACGCGGGUCAACAAGGAACAUGGACUCGAUCUGGCCAACUACAGUGACUUGUACCAAUGGUCAGUGGACUGCUACUCGGACUUCUGGGCACACGUGUGGACCUUCUGUGGCGUGGUCAGCUCCAAAACCUACGAAGAGGUGGUGGACGUUUCCAAGCGGAUCUCGGAGGUUCCCGAGUGGUUUAAAGGUGCUCGGCUCAACUAUGCGGAGAACCUGCUCAAACACGCCGACCAGGACAAAGUGGCUCUUUAUGCUGCAACCGAGGCCAACGAGGAGAUUGUGAAGGUGACCUUCAGGGAGCUGAGGCGUGACGUGGCGGUGUUUGCCGCGGCCAUGAGGAAGAUGGGUAUCCGGACUGGAGACAGAGUCGUCGGUUACCUGCCCAACGGCGUCCAUGCAGUGGAGGCCAUGUUGGCGGCAGCCAGCAUCGGAGCCAUUUGGAGCUCCACCUCUGUCGACUUCGGCGUCAACGGCGUUCUUGACAGGUUCUCUCAAAUCCAACCCAAGCUCAUCUUCUCUGUGGCCGCCGUGGUGUACAACGGCAAAACUCACGACCACAUGGAGAAGCUGACAAGCGUCGUCAAAGGUCUUCCUGACCUGCAGAAAGUGGUGGUGAUUCCCUACGCUCGCGCCAAACACGACAUUGACCUCUCCAAGAUCCCCAACAGCGUGUUUAUAGACGACUUCCUGGCGUCUGGACGUGGGGAGGGGGACCAACUCCCCCAGCUGGAGUUCGAGCAGCUUCCUUUCAGUCAUCCUCUCUUCAUCAUGUACUCAUCUGGAACCACAGGAGCACCCAAAUGUAUGGUCCACUCGGCUGGGGGCACGCUCAUCCAGCACCUGAAAGAACACAUCCUGCACGGCAACAUGACCAGCAGUGACGUCAUCAUCUACUACACCACAACGGGCUGGAUGAUGUGGAACUGGCUGGUGUCAGCUCUGGCAGUGGGGGCUUCAGUGGUUCUGUAUGACGGAUCGCCGCUCAUGCCCACCCCCAGUGUUCUGUGGAACCUGACCGAGCAGCUGGGCAUCACUAUCUUCGGUACGGGGGCCAAGUGGUUAUCGGUGCUCCAGGAGAGGAACCUGAAACCUGCCGAAUCCCACAACCUGCAGUCCCUGCACACCAUCCUGUCCACCGGAUCCCCACUCAAGCCCCAGAGCUACGACUACGUGUACCGCUGCAUCAAAAGCAACGUGCUGCUGGGAUCCAUUUCAGGCGGAACAGACAUUGUGUCGUGUUUCAUGGGUCAGAACCCCACAGUUCCAGUCUAUCGGGGCGAGAUCCAAACCAGGAACCUUGGCAUGGCAGUGGAAGCAUGGAACUUUGAAGGUAAGCCGGUUUGGGGGGAGAGCGGCGAGCUGGUCUGCUUGAAGCCCAUCCCGUGCCAGCCGACGCACUUCUGGAACGAUGACAACAGCAGCAAGUACCACAAAGCGUACUUCUCCGCGUUUCCCGGCGUGUGGGCCCACGGGGACUACUGCAAAAUCAAUCCAAAGACGGGAGGCAUUGUCAUGCUCGGCAGAAGUGACGGGACGUUGAACCCCAACGGCGUUCGCUUUGGCAGCUCGGAGAUCUACAACAUCGUGGAAGCCUUCGAGGAGGUGUCGGACAGCCUCUGCGUUCCGCAGUACAGCUCCGACGGCGAGGAGAGGGUCAUUCUGUUCUUAAAGAUGGCGCCCGGGAAGCCUUUCUCCUCCGACUUGGUGGCGAAGGUGAAAGCGGCCAUCAGGAAAGCCCUGUCAGCCCGACAUGUUCCCGCCCUCCUGUUGGAGACCAACGACAUUCCCUACACCAUCAGCGGGAAGAAGGUGGAGGUGGCGGUGAAGCAGGUGAUCGCCGGCCGGGACGUGACCCAGCGGGGCGCCUUCUCCAACCCCGAGUCCUUAGACCUCUACAAGAACAUUCCGCAGCUGCAGAACUACUGAUGAUGAAUCCGAGGAUGGCGAAGGACCCGCAUUCCCGCUCACGGCUACAAGGGGCGGAGCGUUCACGGUACCAAAAGGAACACCAGACUUUUUUUCCGGCAGCUGAUCUGGCGUGGAAACGCGCGACUGGACGUUGACGCUAACAAAAGAGCUGCAUUUAGCAUUAGCAUUAGCUUGACUUCAGACGCCAUCUUUCCCAACCUAGAUUCCCAAACAGGGCGCGAUAUCAGACAUCGACGUACGGCUCGAUCACGGGUCACCAACACGCGGUUCUGCUGUAUCACAGGUGACCGACAUACGGUACUGUAAUGGCUAACAGACAUUCUGGAGGACUCUAUUGGGGUGACCGAAUCGUGACUCCAUUAGGGUGACCGAAUAACGACUCCAUAGGGGUGACCGAAUAACGACUCAUUAGGGGUGACCGAAUAACGACUCCAUUAGGGUGACCGAAUAACGACUCAUUAGGGGUGACCGAAUAACGACUCCAUAGGGGUGACCGAAUUACGACUCAAUCAGGGUGACCGAAUUAUGACUCUAUCGGAGUGACCGAAUAACGACUCCAUCGGAGUGACCGAAUCGCGACUCUAUCGGGGUGACCAACAUACGACUCUAUCGGGGUGACCGAAUCGCGACUCUAUCGGGGUGACCGAAUCGCGACUCUAUCGGGGUGACCGAAUUACGACUCUUUCGGAGUGACCGAAUCGCGACUCCAUCAGGGUGACCGAAUUACGACUCUAUCGGGGUGAUCGAAUAGCAACUCUUAUUGGGGUGACCGAAUUACGACUCUCUCGGGGUGACUGAAUAGUGACUCCAUCGCAGUGAUCAAAUUACGACUCUUUCGGAGUGACCGAAUCGCGACUCCAUCAGGGUGACCGAAUUACGACUCCAUCAGGGUGAUCGAAUAGCGACUCUUAUUGGGGUGACCGAAUUACGACUCUAUUGGAGUGACCGAAUAGCGACUCCAUUGGGGUGAACGAAUAGCGACUCUAUUGGGGUGACCGAAUUACGACUCAAUCAGGGUGACCGAAUUAUGACUCUAUCGGAGUGACCGAAUAGCGACUGUAUUGGGGUGACCGACUUACGACUCCAUCGGGGUGACCGAGUUAUGACUCUUUCGGAGUGACCGAAUCGCGACUCUAUUGGGGUGACCGAAUUACGACUCCAUCGGGGUGACCGAGUUAUGACUCUUUCGGGUGACCGAAUAGUGACUCCAUCGCGGUGAUCGAAUUACGACUCUUUCGGAGUGACCGAAUCGCGACUCCAUCAGGGUGACCGGAUCGUGACUCUAUCGGGAUGAGCGAAUUACGACUAUAUCAGAGUGAUCAAAUAGCGACUCUAUUGGGGUGACCGAAUAGUGACUCCAUCCCGGUGAUGGAAUUAUGACUCUUAUCGGGGUGACCAAAUUACGACUCUAUUGGGGUGACCGAAUCGCGACUCUAUCAGGGUGAGCGAAUUAGGACUCCAUCAUACGACUCCAUCGGGGCCCCAAACUUCCCAUAUCUUUCAUCGUUGUACGUUUUCAGUGACGCUAGCAAACACUGCCACCUGGACAAAAGUAUUGGGACACAUACAGGCCAAAGUUGGGGGUGCAUUUACAGCAUUUUCCCGUCCGUGUGAGUUUUAUUGGUUUGGCGUCAUCGUUUGUGUGUUCGGAUGACUCCGCCCUGUCAGCCGGCGUCCUUUUAAGGACGUAUUUCCGUCUUUUCUCCCAAAAAAUUCCAUCUUGUGAAUCUUUUUGCUUGUGCUCGGUCUGGAGUAUUGAUUUGGUUCCAUGAACCAGAGACCUAACUCGCAUAAAACAAAAACUUCGACUUAUUAUAUCCAAAAUGUUUUGCGUCUGCGUCGUGCUCAUUUUAAUUCCACGUCUCGGUCGUAGCCUGACAUUUGCUCUUCUAACGUUGUGCAUGUGGAAGAAAUAAAGUAUUUCUAAUGACA